UGCUUUGAGCCCACUGCAAAUCAUGAAUCAGUCAAACAAACGAGGCAGGAGCAGCGAAGUUGGCGCUGACGCGAAUAUCGACGACAACAAGGACAUGUCUGCUCGUAAUAUGCAUAGAUUCCCACAUUUGUGCUGUUUCUUUGAGUAGAGGAGCUGUCUAUGUCAACUCAUUUCCUACCCGGACGUGGAGUUCUGGUGAAUUUGGUCAGUCGUUUGAAGCCGAAGUAAAAAAAAAAAAAAAAACACUGCUCCCCUUUUCUCGAGGAUGAUUUUCGCCAAUACUGGAAACCCCCUGAGGACCAGCUAUCGCAAGCAGCUGCCUUUCACACUAACGUCGCACCCCAUGGCGCCCCCGAGCCCGAGCACCAACAGCAGCACCAACAACAGCAGCAGUAGCAGCACUGCAGGCUGGGAGCAGCUCAGCAAAACCAACCUCUACAUCAGAGGGCUGUCGCCUUCCACCACCGACCAUGACCUGGUCAAACUCUGUCAGCCCUAUGGGAAAAUUGUUUCAACCAAAGCAAUCCUGGACAAAACCACAAACAAAUGUAAAGGGUAUGGAUUUGUGGAUUUUGACAGCCCCUCUGCUGCUCAGAAAGCCGUAGCUGCUCUAAAGUCCAGUGGUAUUCAAGCUCAGAUGGCAAAGCAACAGGAACAAGACCCGACAAACCUGUAUAUCUCCAACCUGCCUGUGAGUAUGGACGAGCAGGAGCUGGAGAACAUGUUGAAGCACUUUGGCCAGGUCAUAUCCACACGCAUCCUGAGGGACUCCGGCGGAGCCAGCAGAGGAGUGGGGUUUGCCAGGAUGGAGUCAACGGAGAAAUGUGACGCAGUGAUUUCCCACUUCAAUGGGAAGUUUGUGAAGACACCUGCUGGUGUUCCAGCACCCACCGAGCCCUUGCUGUGCAAGUUUGCUGACGGCGGGCAGAAGAGGAGACAAAGUCAAAAUAAAUUUUCUCCAAACGGGCGGCCUUGGACGAGAGACGGUGACUCAAGACUGGCCGCGAUGACGCUCACAUACGAUCCAAACGCAGCGGCCAUGCAAAACGGGUUUUUCCCGCCGGCGUACAGCAUUUCAAACAGGAUGAUCGCGCAGGCUUCAAUGUCUCCUUACAUGUCUCCUCUGGCGGCCUACCAGAUGCAGAACCCGUCCUGGAUGCCUCACCAAGCGUACAUCAUGCAGCACCCAGGUACAGUCAUAUCGCCAUCUAUGGACCCGUCCUUGUCACUGCAGCCUUCGUCCAUGAUGACCCCACUGACACAGCAGAUGAGUCACCUUUCUCUGGGCAGUGCAGGCACGUUCAUGGCUGCCAACUCCCCCAUUCAAGGAGCCUACAUCCCUCAGUACGCACACAUGCAGGCGGCAUCUGUUCCCACUGAAGAGAACGGUGUACCACCGCAAGUAGACACACCGAGCAACCAUUCCCCGUACCCGUACCAACAACCCAAGUAGUGCUGAGGUAAACAAGUCGACCCGAGCUGAAACAAUCAUGCCUACAAAUGCAAUGGACGCAAUGGAUCUCACUGUUUUGCACUGGUUCUGGACUAUUUUUGGUAUCAUUGUGCAGAUGAAUAUGAUUUCUAUCAAGUGAUUUUAAAACUCUACAAAAACUACUUUUGUUUUUCAUUUUCAUACGAGAUUUUUUUUUUAACCAAAGAUGGCCGCCAGAUGCAAGAAAGAAUCUUGUGUGGCUGUUGAAAGUGCAUGUGUACAGGAGAACAGUGAUGCCGCACCCUUUUGAAGUAAAUAUAAAUGAUGUUGUGACGUUACUUUAUAGUAACAUUUUUAUACGAACUAAUAUUGAUAAUGUAGAGGCUCUCAUUUUAAAAAAAGUUGUCAUGUUUUAUUUUUUUACAAUUCUACUUUUUCAUCAUCAAAUCGUCGCCCAUGUUUGCUGAAUUAUGAAGAAUAAAGUGAGCGCCACGACAGGUCUAUAUUUAUUUGAACAAGGGUGGCAGCACUGAGCUUUCGUACGUCUUUUGUCAAUAGUUCUUCCAGAGAUUUUAAAAUAAUGUUUGUGCUUGCUGUGUGACUGUUGCUUUACACUUCUUGUACAUGGAUUUUUCCAUAGUUCUUUAGGUUUCUUUUAUUUGCCUUACUUGUGCCGACCGAGAGCCAUUUCCGGCUCCAUUUGCUUUGCAGACAGAAAACGUUGUUUUUAUCGGCCGUCUCCGAACUUUCUUUCAAGAACGCUACUGGACGAGAGUUAGUGCCACCGGGGGAAUGCAUUUUUUGGAUUAACACGAGGGGUGUCAGAGGGGCUGUGGGAGGAGAGGAGGGAAGGAUUUUUGUUUGUUAUAAAUGGGCGUGUCUCUUUGCGCUCUAAAUGAAAUGCUCAUAAAGAAAGGACUUGCGAUUGUACACCACUUCAGAAGCUCAGUGCCCCCUGUCAGUAAAAUAUAUUUAUCAGAGGCUACUAGAUGGCACAAACAAAUACAUCUGGAUGAAAGUAAUUCAGAGUUUUAUAUGAAGAUUAAACUGAAUAAAUAUUCUCUUUUCAUUUUGCAGACAGUAUAUUAAGAUUCUAUACAGAUUAUAUUGUGCAAACAUGACACGAAAUUGUAUAAUUAUGAAUCAUAUUCAGUAGUUUCCCUGUGUGAGUGUAAAUCCAUCUAUAUCAUAUGAAGAUGAACUAUGAAUAAACAUGUAAUUAUGUUGUACCAACAUGUUAAUUUGUCAUGCAGAAAUGUUACCAUGUUGUAUGAUUUGCAUGGUACAAACAUGGAAUUAUGUGUUAUGAAUUAAUAAUCACACCGUUAAAACAAACUAUUUUGAACAAACAUGGCUGUUAGAGCAUGUCAUUGUGUCGUACGAAGACGUGGGACACGUGCUCACGCCCUAAAAUCUUAAAUGCGUCAUUCUAAUAUGAAAUAUUUUUCGUGCGAACAUGUAGUUAUGUCGCAAAAAGAGUGUAGUUAUGUCAGACCAAUAUGUAAUGUGGUCCUGCGGACAUGAAAAUAUGGUUACAUCAUACAUUGAUACAUGUGAUUAGGCAAGUUAAAUUAUGUGAAUAUUUAUAUGCACUUGACAAACAUGUUGUCUAAACAAUGUUGUACCAUGUUUGUAAUAUGACAUUUUUAGUCACACAAAUUCAUGAAAUUAUAUGUAAAAAAAAAAUAUUUUUGGAACAAAAUGACCUUAUUAAUCCUAUUAAUAACUUCUUUAUUGCAAUAAUUCCAUCUCCUGUUUGUACAAUAUAAUAUUUGUUACGCUCAAUAUACCAUGGUAUAUUGUGUCCAAAUAAUACUAUAAUACACAGAUGUUUGGUUAUUACAUGAUACUGAUACAUAUAUGACAGCUGGACAGGGGGCAGCACUGAGCUUUAAUACAGAACAUUUGGGUUUUAUUGUACCUCAACUUUUGAUAGGAAACAAAGUUACACAGCACUUUCCAUUCUGGUUCACCUCACCAAAGAUCGAGAGAGAUUGUCUCAAGACUCAGUUCUCCUGGGGUUCAGAGAUGUGACCUCAUAUCUCUGAUAUGAAGUCAGUUUAAAGGAACAGUUGUCAUGGUGACCCAUCUUCGAGUCAGUGGUUCAUGCCUGCAGAGUCAAGCCAUGUGCCUUCUUUAUCACACAUUAUAGCUACAGUGCCGCCUCCUAUGAAGCGUCGACACGCACACACACACACGAGUGGUGUGCGGCGAUAUACAUGUUAUUGAUUCUGAUUUAAGGAACUCUUUAGAUGGAACUGUCGUCCUGUGAUUCCAGCUCGUCUUCAGACCAGAUAUCUACCUCAACCUUUUUCGUUAUCAUUCACUCUCCGGCCGGGUUAGCAGGUCCUUCCCGUCCUUCCAGACCAGUUGCCAAGCUCAGGAGCUGGCCGCCUCCAGCCGUGUCCUUUCAGGUUUUGUUUUUUAACAGCUUUGUCAUACGUUGCCACAAGCAACAACAUUUAAAUUGAAAGCAGCAAACUUUUUUUUUUUUAAUAAAACUUAAGAAAAACCUACCGCUGCAUUUCCUCGCUAUACAUGGAAAGAUGCAACCAAAAACCACUGAGAUUAUACUUGAGAUUUCUGUGUCAAGCCUGAAACUGAGGGGUUCAUACUGAUUUGUGGGUUCAUGCUGCUAUUGGCGUCGACACCAAGUGCCAUAGGAUCUGGACGGAGACCAGCAAAGACGCAUCAGAUUAAAUUCACUGUUCCUGAAAGUCACCAUCCAGUCGAACAGUCAUUAAUUUAUAUGACAAAUUCCUAAUUUAUGAAGAUUCUUUUUGUACAGUUCUCUUGAGGAAACGGAAGAUUUCACAGAGCUAUAAGAAAAGUGUAAUGUUUUUAUUUUUGUUAUCUUGUGUCACAUGAUUGCCAGCCUCAGCUGGUUUGUACAGUUCAUUGUUGAGUUUGGUCGAGGCCAAAGACUCUUGUUUUCCACUUGUUUUCUUUUUUUUGCCAGAGGUUUAUUCUGUUCCUCUUCUUUGUUUUAAUAAAAAGAUUUUUCAACUUUUAUA